AUGGAGUUAGAAGCCAUAGAACUCUGUCCUUAUGAUCCAAACCACAGGAUACCAGCCAGCAGGUUACAGUACCAUCUGGCAUCAUGCAAAAAGAAAAAUCCAAAGAUAGCUAAAAAGAUGGCUAACUGCAAAUAUAAUGCUUGUCAUGUGGUCCCAAUCAAAAGGCUCAAGGAACAUGAGGCCAACUGUGUCAACAGAACUGCAGUUGAUGAUGAGCCACUUAAUCUUCUAAAGAUUACUUGUCCAAGUUUUGAAGGAAAUGAAAACUCCAAUGCUGGCAAUCAGAUUACUGACCCCGAUGUCUGGAAUGUGGAUCAUAUGCAUCAUUCUCCUUCAUUUGUUCUUGAGACUUUUGCUCCAAAAAUGCUGGUUUGUGAAAGUGACUCAAGAGAUCUACAAGAGGCUGUGACUGAUAAACAUCCUAACAGCUACAAGUCCUGGGGAAGAGGUCAGAAAAACUGA